AUGGGUGCUCCACCACUGAUAGUCAACGCUGUUAUGUCCAUGCUAGCAGACUCUUCAGUCCGUGUACGAGUAGGAGACUCGCUGUCUGAACCAUUCCACACCGCCAGCUUUCGGAACCAAACAGAGAAAGCCACCGCCUCUUGUCCACCUCAACUGGGUAAAGCUACUCCAGUUUGCCGACGACACGUCUACAUUUGCCAAAAACAUCCAAGAAUUUAA